UGUUUCAAAGCCUUUGCAGAGAAAUCAAUUCUAGAUGUUCAUUCUCGAAAACAUUCUGUAAUACACCCAUAUAUAUGUGAAAUAUGUCGCAAUAGUUACAUGGUGAAAAGUCAUUUAAAUUCUCAUAAGUUGUCCCAUUCUGAGAAGUUUGUCUGUGACUUUUGUGGUAAAGAAUAUACAGCCAAGAAAAAUUAUAUCAGACAUUGUCAGCAGCACUCUAGGGAUAAUUCUUUUGGGCUUCAACUCUGUCAAAAGGUCUUUAGCAGUAAUGAAACUUUAUAUAAACAUGUUGCUGGGCAUAAAGAUGGGAAAACUUAUCAAUGUGAAAUUUGUUAUAAAACACUUAAAUCACUUUCCUCUUUAAACUUUCACAAGCGGUUACAUUAUGGCACCAAGGACUUUAAGUGUGAACAUUGCUCAAAAUCAUUUGCUACAAGAAAGUACCUAAUGAUACAUUUAAAGAACCAUGACAGAGUUUUUCCAUGCAAAUUGUGCAAGGUAAUAUUCAAUAAUCAAAAUGAGUUAAAGGAACAUUUCAAAAAGUCUCAUCAUCCAAAGAAAGUUGCCUUAGAGUGUUGUCAAUGUGGCAAAAUUUUUUCAGCAAAAGCUAAAUUUAAUAAACAUAUAAAAACUCAUAAA